AUGGCCCACAACCACACCCACAACCAUCAUUCCGAGACGGUACCCUUGCUCAAUCAUGCCCACAAUUUCCUCCCUCAGCACAACAUCCACCCGGAUGGCGAAAGCGGUCGCACCGGCUUCCAUCCCACCCAUUUCCUCACCGUAGCCUGGCGCUCCGGGAGCAAGGCAGCAAAAUAUACAAACCUCCUUUGGCCUUUGGUCCUCGUAGCCUUCAUUUUGAAUUUCGUCGCUCCCAACAUGCCGAUUGCUGUGUUUGUUACGAGUUACAUUGGCAUGGUUCCCGUGGCCAAUCUGCUGGGCUUCGCAGGCCAGGAGUUUGCGAGGAAGAUGCCUAAAGUCAGCGGGAUUCUGAUUGAAACUGCGUUUGGCUCCAUUGUGGAGAUUGUGCUGUUUGUGGUGCUGAUUGCGAAACAUGAGGGUGGUGAUGAGGGAGGCUCUAGUGAAGAUGGAAAUUUGGUGCCUGUUAUCCAAGCUGCCAUUCUGGGGUCUAUACUUACGAAUCUGCUGUUAUGCUUGGGACUGUGCUUUUUUGUUGGCGGAUUGAGGACUCUCAGUCAAAAGUUCCAUGCUUCGGUUAGUGAGGUGGGUUCUGGAUUGUUGCUGGUCGCUGGGUUUGGCUUGCUCAUCCCGAGUGCGUAUUACAGUGCGCUCAAGGGCUCGGCGGUUAAGACGGCACAUGGCAAGCACGAGUUUACAGAGGAGGUACUCAAGCAUAACGUGUUGAGAAUCAGUCAGAUUACUUCAAUUCUGCUGAUCAUCGCUUUUGGCAUUUUCAUUUGGUACAACGCCCGUUCCCAACACUCCCUCUUCGACGAAGUGCUCGAAGCAGACGAACACGCAGAUCUAGACCACCACGAAGAUCUCGCAAAACCCAAGUUCACUUUCACAGAAUGCAUUGUUGCACUCAUUCUUUCUCUCGCUCUUGUCACACUGUUGGCCUACUUUCUCGUCGAGCGCAUCGAGGAUGUCGUUGAAGCGGGUGUCCCUGACCAAUUCCUCGGUCUCAUCAUGCUUCCGCUUGUGGAAAAGGCUGCUGAGCACUUGACUGCUAUCGAUGAGGCGUGGGAUGGUCAGAUUAACUUCGCCCUCUUCCACUGCAUCGGCCCUUCGAUCCAAACAGCCUUGUUCAAUGCCCCACUUGUCGUCAUCGUAGGCUGGAUCAUGGGCAAGGACAUGGAUCUCAACUUUGAGAUUUUCAUGGUUGUUCUGCUUGUGUUGAGUAUUGUUGUCGUAGGCAACUUCUUGAGGGAUGGAGAGAGCAAUUAUCUCGAGGGUGCCAUGCUUAUCAUUGUGUACGUCAUCGUGGCUGUGGCAGCGUGGUAUUACCCGAACCCUGAUGUUGCUACUUCCAAUGGCACGUGA